AUGGGCUCUCCUCAUUCCCGCAAACCCAGCACAGCAAAAGAUUCCCUCACCAGCAGCACCUAUCUAGACGACCAUCUCGAGUACAAAACACAUCAGACAGGCCCGUCCACGAGCAUCGAUGGCGUCCUCGAGCAGCCUUCUCAUGCCCUGCAGAAUACCGUGUCCCAUACCUCACUUACGUCUAGAAGAUCGAUCAGUGCUAUUCCUCCAUCUCCAAGAAUAGCUCAAGAGAGUGGGAUGGUUCACACGAUAUCUCAUACCCACUGCAUUCCCGAGCCUGGUGAUCCUGCCAGGCUUGUUGCGACCAUCUAUUACAACUCAACGUCUCCACGACACCCACAUGUGCAUCCUGAUCAGUCACCUCCUGCAAGGCCGACGGAUCCUAUUCCAAUACCCGAAAUUGCCGAAGGAUCUGCUCCCACCACAAGCAUCUCAGAGUAUCCUCUCGAACCGCCUCCUCCAGAACCUGAGCCACUGGACCAUCUUUACGGCGCCUAUAUUUCUCAAUUAUGCCUGACCCACUUCUUGUCUGCUCUUGACAGUCUCCUGAUUCACAACAAAUCAGAAGAACGAUGGCUUAUAUCCUCCCACCGAUGUCUAGCUCCAGAUCCGUUCAAGCCUCGAGUCAUGGAAGUGACUUUCUCGCCUCCUCCGAAUGCGGAGUAUUUGCCGCUACAUCUCCUUUCCAAACAUGAAUCCAUCUACCGAUUCGAGCGAGAAUGGAAUUGCGAGAUUGUUUUACAACCUUCAAACGUCUAUCGCCGGCACAAGCGAUUGUGCGUGUUUGACAUGGACUCGACCUUGAUCCAACACGAGGUCAUUGAUGAGGUCGCCGCUUAUGUGGGUGUCAAGAAAGAAGUUGCGGCCAUUACCGAACGUGCGAUGAAUGGUGAACUCGAUUUCGCAGCGUCUCUGAAAGCACGAGUUGCCCUACUAAAGGGUGUGCCGAGUGAUGUAUUUGAUCAGCUUAAGCCCAAGAUCGUCAUUACGCCAGGCGCAAAAGAAUUGUGCAAAUGCUUGAAACGGCUCGGCUUCACCCUUGCUGUCUUGAGCGGAGGAUUUCAACCUCUUGCCGACUGGUUAGCAGGUGAACUUGGCCUUGAUUAUGCUUUUGCCAAUCAUCUGGUGGCAGAUCCAGAGACCCAAACAUUGACAGGCGAACUUGAACCGUCAUAUCCGAUCGUCGACUCGCAGUUUAAGCGAAAUCGGCUGAUAAGUUUAGCAGCUGAGAAGAACAUUCCCCUCGCUCAGACCAUCGCGGUGGGAGACGGAGCCAACGAUAUUCCUAUGCUCAAGACGGCUGGACUUGGUGUUGCUUGGAAGGCCAAAUCCAAAGUCCAAAUGGAGGCGCCUGCAAGAUUGAAUAUUGGCGACAGCAUGCUCGACUUGGUGUAUCUGUUGGGUUUGACCAGGGAGGAGAUUGAUGAGCUUUUGAAAGAUUGA